GUGUCUUCCGAUAAGAAACACGCCAAGCCCAUCAUGACGCCCUACAUACUAUCCCUCUUGUUUUUCUUCAGUCUGGUUGCUUCGCUCAGCUCUACUCCUACUGCUCCAGAUAGUGAUGCUCCCUCUGUUAGCCUACCCUGUCAAGGCCCCGACAACCAAGACCUUUGGGAAACGGUGCCAGACUGGUUGACAGGCGACGACGACCAACGUAGGUGCUUCAGCGACGAGGACUGCCCUAUCAGCUUUCACUGCCGUGUCGGAUACUGCAUCAGAGCCCCACGCGAUAGUUUGAAAAGAGUUGUCCGUGACGAUCUUCAAGGAAAAUACUGCGUUCUAUCUCGCCCCCUGACCCGUGAGAUGCGGAAACAGACACUAACAUCACCACCUCCACUGCAGUGGGCAAGUGUAGCACCAGUAUCGACUGCCCUCCAGGAUACUAUUGCUGGCGUGGAGGCUGCGUUCAAAUCCCACGUCCUGCUUCGGAGCCACUUCUCCGUGAAGACAGCGAUCGUCAAAGAUUUGCCCCCUGCAGAUGCUCAGCGAUGUAAGCAUGUGACCGAUUGUCCAGUUGGCCAAUGGUGCAUGGACGGAUUCUGCUGGCCAUUUGAUCAAUCCACAGAGACAGCGGCCCGUGAUGCAGACAUUGGAGAAGCCUCAGAUGGUCUGAAGACUCGGCAGAGAUGCCAUCUCCAUGUGCAUUGCGGGCCCACUGGGCUCUGCAUCAAUGGCUGGUGCCAAUAUGUGUCUAGUUCGAUGUCUCUAGAUACCGCAGGAAGCGUUGGAGUAGAGAAACGCGACAUGAUUGGACCUCGCAAAUGCACGAGUGACCGAGACUGUUACCCCCGAGCGAUCUGUGUGGACGGCAGAUGCAAUCAUUCCCAUGGAGGCGAAGGCUGGUAA